AUGGGUUCUGAUAUCGUUUUUAGACAUACUAAUCCAAUUAUUGCGAGAAUGGAGGGCGAUACUACACAGAUACCUGAGCAAAAACUGCAUGCUUGGGGUUCGGAUUUGAAAGAGGCGUUUGAGCAGGUAGCAAUGGCAAUGUUUGCUUACAUGACUACAAAUUAUGAUUCGGUUGAUAUGACAAGUUCGUACGAAAUCGACGCUACUGGCUCUGAUAUGAAGAGUCUCCUUUUUCACUUCCUUGAUGAGUGGCUUUUCGCUUUCUCCGCGGGCGAUUUCUUUUUUCCGAGGGGCACGGAAGUAAAAGCCAUCACUUAUUCCAACAUGCAAAUCUAUGAUGAGGAGAAGCGACACGAAGUCUUCGUCAUCAUUGACAUUUAG